UAUAACCAAAUACAUCAAGUUCUUACCUCUAAUUAGCAUAUUGAAAACAAAGUCCAGUUUUGAGGGCUAAUUCAGUGCCUUUUUCUUUCUGAUUUGAUAUGGUUUGGGAACAACCUGAUGGGUGUGGCUUAAAACUUCAGAUCACAUGUGUGGAACUGGGCAUUACUUGAGCAACAAAGUCCCUGUUCAAUAGAGCUGUUGUAUGUACUCAAGCAGGAAAGAGUCUGCAAGAAUCCCCCAGUCUCCUGGCCUCCAGAGAGAACAGAAUCAUGAGCACAGAAGGAAGGGUAAUAAAAUGCAAAGCAGCUGUGCUAUGGGGGCUAAAGAAACCCUUUUCCAUUGAGGAGCUGGAGGUAGCACCCCCUAAGGCUCAUGAAGUUCGUAUAAAGAUGGUGGACUCAGAAGUCUGUCGGACGGACGAACACAUAGUCACUCUUCUUCCUGUGAUCACAGGCCAUGAGGCAGCCGGCAUCGUGGAGAGCAUUGGAGAAGGGGUGACUACAGUAAAACCAGGUGACAAAGUCAUCCCACUCUUUAUUCCCCAGUGUGGAAAAUGCAGUGUCUGUAAACACCCAGAAGGCAACUUCUGCUUGAAAAAUGAUAUAAGCAUGCCUAGGGGGACCAUGCAGGAUGGUACCAGCAGGUUCACCUGCAGAAGGAAGCCUGUCUACCACUGCCUUAGCACCAGUACCUUCUCCCAGUACACUGUGAUGGACGCAAUCUCAGUGGCCAAGAUUGAUGCAGCCUCACCGCUGGAGAAAGUCGGUCUCAUUGGCUGUGGUUUCACUACCAGUUAUGGGUCUGCAGUCAAAGUUGCCAAGGUCACUCAGGGCUCCACCUGCGCGGUGUUUGGCCUUGGAGGAGUCGACCUGUCUGUGGUCAUGGGCUGUAAAGCAGCUGGAGCCACCAGGAUCAUUGGGGUGGACAUCAACAAAGACAAAUUUGAGAAGGCAAAGGAAGUGGGUGCCACUGAGUGCAUCAGCCCACAGGACUUCAAGAAACCCAUCCAGGAGAUACUGAAGGAAAUGACCAGUGGAGGUGUGGAUUUUCCAUUUGAAGUCAUUGGUCGGCUUGAUACCAUGGUGGCUGCCUUGUUAUGCUGUCAAAAUGCAAAUGGCACCAGCAUCAUUGUAGGAGUACUUCCUAAUUUCCAAAAUCUCUCCAUGAACCCCAUAUUGCUAUUGACUAGACGUACCUGGAAAGGAGCACUUUUUGGUGGCUUUAAGAGUAGAGAUUCUGUCCCCAAACUUGUGGCUGACUUUAUGGCUAAGAAGUUUCCAUUGGAUUCAUUAAUAACCCAUGUUUUACCUUUUAAAAAAAUAAAUGAAGGCUUUGACCUGCUUCGUUCUGGAAAGAGUAUCCGCACCAUCCUGACAUUUUGAGACCAUGCAGUGCUUCACUUCCAGCAGUCUUCUGGCUCCUUCAUCAUCUGGCACAUCAGCCAUACAUGAUCAGUAAUUCUGUUCUUCAGAAGCGCUGUCAAUAAGUUACAUGUGGGAGCUUCUCCAAAGAAACAAAAAUUGAUGUGAAAUCAUUUUUCAGGCAAAUGUUUAAAAUCUAAGUGAAAACUAGAUGAACCGUCAGCUGAUUGAGUUCAGUAAACCUUCCUUCUAAAUCACUCCACUCAUGUUGAAUCAUGUCAUCUUUUCCAUCAAGGAAAAGUAUUUCUUUGACUUCUUGUACUUUUUGUAUCUUAGCCACCCUUAGUAACUGAAGCUCAGUGGAAGAGGUCCUCAUUAUAUUUGCCCCUAACACACACAUAAUGGGCUCUUGUGCUUGAAGCCUUGUACUUCUGCCUCUACUCUCACUGUCUGUAUUUUCCUUUUUAUGAAAUGUACAAAUACCCUAAGGUAAAAAUUAUGUGUGGGGGAAAAAAUACACUCAGACCCUUAAGUGAAAAAGGUCCAGAAUAUCUAAAUGCAAGGAGGUUCUUAGGGAAAUGUUGCACACACAUUUUUAUAUGA